AGAAUUUUGAGACUCUAAUCACUAAUCUUCGUAAAUGCAGGGGCCUAAACAGAAAUAAUGCUUUUCAGGGCCAAUUCUCUGUUCGAGUUUUCAUUACCGAUACCAAGAGCCAACUGACCUAACCAAACCCUAGUGUCCAGAGAAAUCAAAUCAUACUAAAAAAUUAUAAGAGAGGGAAAUUUGGCCAUGGACGCGCUAAGGAAGCAGCUUGAUGUUCUAAUGGGAGCGAAUCGAAACGGCGACGCUCAGGAGGUUACCCGCAAGUACUACGAUCGUGAUGUUUGCCGCCUCUUUCUCGCCGGCCUUUGCCCUCACGACCUUUUCCAACUCACGAAAAUGGAUAAAGGACCAUGCUCGAAGUUGCACUCACUGCAGUUGAGGAGAGAAUAUGAGGAAGCAAAAGCAAAAGGUCUUGAUAAUUAUGACAGGGACUUAGAAGAUAACAUAGACAGAUUAAUUGUCGAGUGUGAUCGUAAAAUUUCCAGAGCUUUGAAGAGGCUUGAUGAAGAGGAUGCUAAAGCAGCUAUUGCAAUAUCUGUGACAGAAGUUACAUCGACGGCAGAGAUUAUUGAGUUGUCAAAGCAAAUCAAAGAAAAAUUGAAAGAAGCCGAUCAAUCUGGUAGGCUAAGAUUAGCUGGUCUUAUAGAUCUUGAAGGCAAGACAGACAUGAAGAUUCGAGCUAUGGAAGAGGUUGAAGAGCUGAGAACUAAAAGAGCCGACAUGCAGUUUUUGUUCAAAUAUCAGUCGAUGCUCCUUUUGGAUGCUUUCAACAAGGAUCGAGCAUUGCUUCCGCAGCCCCCUGCGAAUGCUCCACAGUUGGCCCCCAUGCCAGCUGUUGUUCCGGAUCCUCAUGUACAAGAAAUGAUUAACGAGAAGCUAAAGAAAGCUGAAGAACUCGCAUCUGUUAUAUGCUUGCCUCUGAUACACCCAUUAGGUGAACAAGGAAUGGUUGAUGAAGCACAAAAACUACUGGAAGAGGCCGAAGCAUUGAAGAAGCUGCCGGCUCGACAGGAACUGGUGCUGGAUUCAUCAAAAUACACAGCUGCUGAUGUGCGGAUUACUGAUCAGAAGCUUCGGGUCUGUGACAUUUGUGGCGCAUUUUUGAGUGUCUAUGACAGUGACCGCCGAUUAGCAGAUCAUUUUGGGGGGAAGCUCCACUUAGGCUAUAUGCAGGUUCGCGAAAAGUUAGCUGAGCUUCAGUCUAGUAGUAUUGGUGUUUCAGAAGUUUUUGGAAUAUUGCUACCUCCAAGAUUCGCGCGGCAUGUUAACUUGCCAUUUAUCUGGUGCGAGGUGUUAUGUAUUGCCAUACACAUAGGUUUAAGUACUUCUGUUCAUUUUUCAAAGAGCUAUCAUUCUCAUGAACACGUUCGUGCAAUUGGGGGUACAUUUUUCUUCUGUUUUGUAUCGCAUCAACAAUUACAUUCGCUGUUUGCUGCCUUGCCUUAUCCAGUGAGACCCACGACCCCCACUUGGAGGAGAGAGACAAGAAACGCAAAAACAAUGACGAAGAGAGAAGGUCGAUUGAGCGGAGAAGUAGCGAGCGUGGCAGGGAAUCAAGAGAUGGUGAAAGAGGAGAUAGCCGUGAACGUGGAAGUGAUCGUAGGAGGAGUGAUCGUGAUCGUGAUCGUGAUCGUGAUCGGCAUUAUGACCGUGAGCGAGAGAGAGAUCACCGUUCUCGCAGCUAUGAUUCGAGGAGAUCCCGCUCCCGCUCCCGCUCCAGAGAUUAUGAUCGCCUCAGGCGUUGUGAUCGUUAUUAGUGGUUACCCGAACUGCGUCAUCUUGGGAAGAAUCUGAGUUUUUGUAACUUAUAUUACAGACUUUGUGUUGGCUGUAGGAAAUUAUGUUUUAAAGGAAUGUGGAGUUUUACAUAAUGUUCGGUUUGGUAGUGUGCUCGGAUGUUGUUUUCUCUAUGAGAUUGAUUGAUAAAAGCUUCAUGCGAUGUUAAUGUAUGAGCUUCACCAUUUUUUUUAAUGCUCGUGUAAACCACGGAAAUCAGGUUGCUCAAAAUUGUUCGACCUCUGGAGGUAAGGUAAGUGGCAAAUGGAAAAAUUUACCGUGGGAACAGUGUAUAUUGUUAAACUCUACGUAUAAUGGUAUUAUGGUAUUUUGUUUUUUAGCGGCAAAAUGUUUUUGACAUCUAAGUGUAAAUCUAUUAUAGUAUGAUUGGUAUAAUGGAAUGGAAU